CGUCCGUGAACGACGACCAGCCGCAUCCCGGCCGACAACAUUGCGCAUCUACUCAUCGCCUCGACUCCCAUCUACACACAAUUCGCAUCUAAUCCAUCCCCCGAAUUCCUGCUCGCGUGCAGCCACUGUCGACGCGGAUCCGCCCCUUGAGCGAUUGCCAGUCUCGGCCGGCGCAGUUUCCCCGCAAAAACUCGCAGCCCCGAUCGCCGCGAAUUGCCAGCCUCUUGACGUUUGCUGACGACAUCCGCCAUCGUCUCUGCACAGUCACUCUCUGUACUGCGCACACAGCGCGGAGGAGGCACCCACGGAAACAUGUCUGCGCCAUCGCCGCCAAAGCCUUGGGAGACGAGCAACGGCGCGACGAGUGCCUCGGUUGGCCUCACUGGAUCGAAUAGCAGCACAACACCCACUUCGACAGCCACAUCCUCGAGCGCGCCUCCGCUACCAUCCGUGCCGGACUCGCUCAGCACCGUCGCGAACCGCAACGCGUCCAACUACUCGGGCAUGAACAACCGAUACGGCUCCCCCUACAGCAGCGGAUAUGGGGGGAUGAGCAGCUACAGCUCGCCCUACUCCAGCAUGGGCGGUGGUUACGGCUCCAUGUACGGUGGCAUGGGCGGUAUGGGUGGCAUGUAUGGUGGCAUGGGAGGUAUGGGCAUGGGUAUGGGCGGAAUGUACGGCGGAAUGGGAGGCAUGCCGGGCGACCCAAACAGCAGCCUUACACAGUCCUUCAGCCAGAGCACAGCAGCGACCUUUCAGCUGAUUGAGAACAUUGUCGGCGCAUUCGGCGGCUUUGCACAGAUGCUUCAGAGCACGUAUAUGGCGACACAUUCGUCAUUCUUCGCCAUGGUAUCCGUGGCAGAGCAGUUCGGAAACCUACGACAAACGCUUGGCUCGGUAUUGGGCAUCUACACAAUAAUGCGAUGGAUACGGACGGCAAUCGCAAAGCUCACCGGACGACCCCUACCGGCAGACGCGACCGCCCUCACCCCCGCAAGUUUCGCAGCCUUCAACGGACGUAUGCCCGACGGCUCGCCAGCCCCCGCUAAGCCUUCCAAGAAGCCAUUCAUUGUUUUCAUGCUCGCUGUUUUCGGUCUACCCUACCUAAUGGGCAAGCUCAUCAAGGCGCUUGCACGAUCACAAGAAGCCCAAGAGCAACAGAAGAUGCUCGAAAACCCACAAGCCGGACAGCCGCUCGACCCCAACAAGCUCGAAUUCUGCCGCGCACUCUACGACUUCACACCCAACGCCAACAUGCAGGGAAUGGACUUGUCAGUGAAGAAGGGCGACAUGGUCGCUGUGCUCAGCAAGAGCGAUCCCAUGGGCAACGCAUCAGAAUGGUGGAAAUGCAGGUCAAGAGACGGACGCAUGGGCUACCUCCCUGGCAUCUACCUCGAGACUAUCCAGCGCAAGACCCCCGCACAGAUUACAAGUGGUAGCCAGAGCGGAAGCCCAGCUGGUAGCAGAACACAAACAAUGACGAACAGCAGCGCCGCAAGCAGGACUGCUACCAUGACCGGAGCCCCAGUACCAGAGAAGGUCGGCCCGAAGAUGGAGAGCAAGGCGGGCGAUAUGGGUGUCGAGAGUUUCCAGAAGGGCGCUUUUUACUCGUAGGCUUGGAGCGACGUCCUUGAGCGUAUUCUUCUUGGUUCUACAUUGCGUUUCUAGUAAUGAUUUUCGUUGCAGUGUUGUCUGCAGGUGUGUAUAACUUGGCUGGGAAAAGCUACGGUAUGGCGUACGGCGCGAGAGAUAUCACGGGUCGAUCGAAUACUAUUUCGAAUAUUCAAUAAAUUAUCUACCAUGUUGCUGCA